CCGCCGCCCGCCUCCCGCCUCCCAGCCGCGCCGCCGUGAUGGCGGAGGACAGCGAGUCUGCAGCCAGCCAGCAGAGCCUGGAGCUGGACGACCAGGACACGUGCGGGAUAGACGGGGACAAUGAGGAGGAGACGGAGCACACCGCGGGAAGUCCUGGUGGAGAUUUGGGAGCCAAAAAGAAAAAGAAGAAACAGAAGAGGAAAAAGGAGAAGCCAAAUUCUGGAGGCACGAAGUCUGACUCUGCAUCUGAUUCUCAGGAGAUUAAAAUUCAUCAGCCUUCAAAAAAUGCCACCAUCCCCAUGCAGAAGCUGCAGGAUAUCCAGAGAGCGGUGGAGCUGCUAUCGGCAUGCCAGGGCCCAGCCAGGAACAUUGAUGAGGCAGCCAAACGCCGCUACCAGUUCUGGGACACACAGCCGGUACCCAAACUAAAUGAAAUCAUAACUUCUCAUGGUGCAAUUGAGCCAGACAAAGACAAUGUACGUCAAGAACCGUAUUCUUUGCCACAGGGUUUUAUGUGGGACACUUUAGACUUGAGUAAUGCGGAGGUGCUCAAGGAGCUAUACACAUUGUUAAAUGAGAAUUAUGUAGAAGAUGAUGACAACAUGUUCCGCUUCGACUAUUCGCCGGAGUUCCUGUUGUGGGCUCUGCGUCCCCCAGCCUGGCUCCUACAGUGGCACUGUGGGGUCAGAGUGUCUUCAAAUAAGAAACUAGUAGGAUUCAUAAGUGCCAUCCCAGCCAACAUCCGGAUUUAUGACAGUGUUAAGAGGAUGGUAGAAAUCAACUUUCUUUGUGUUCAUAAGAAAUUGAGAUCAAAGCGCGUAGCCCCAGUGUUAAUUAGAGAAAUAACCAGAAGAGUGAACCUGGAAGGAAUCUUCCAGGCUGUGUACACUGCUGGAGUGGUCCUUCCUAAGCCCGUGGCCACGUGCAGAUACUGGCAUCGAUCCCUAAACCCCAGAAAAUUGGUAGAAGUGAAGUUUUCUCACUUGAGUAGAAAUAUGACAUUACAGAGAACAAUGAAGCUUUACAGACUGCCGGAUGUUACAAAGACCUCAGGCUUGAGACCGAUGGAACCAAAAGAUAUCAAAGCAGUUCAAGAAUUAAUCAACAGUUACCUGAAGCAGUUCCAUCUGGCUCCAGUGAUGGAUGAAGAGGAAGUGGCCCACUGGUUCCUUCCUCGGGAGCAUAUCAUUGACACAUUUGUAGUAGAGAGCUCCAGUGGAAAGCUGACUGACUUCCUCAGCUUCUACACGCUCCCCUCCACGGUCAUGCACCACCCCGCCCAUAAGAGCCUCAAAGCUGCCUACUCCUUCUACAAUAUCCACACGGAGACGCCGCUGCUGGACCUCAUGAAUGACGCACUCAUCAUAGCCAAGCUGAAAGGAUUUGAUGUAUUCAAUGCACUAGAUUUGAUGGAAAAUAAGACCUUCUUGGAAAAACUCAAGUUUGGUGUAGGAGAUGGCAAUUUGCAGUAUUACUUGUACAACUGGAGAUGUCCAGGAACAGAUUCUGAAAAGGUUGGCCUUGUACUGCAGUAGAUGGAUCUGCUGAUCUCUACAACGCUCACAUCCUCAGUUGUUAAUAUUCUAUUUAACAAUUCCUGGAACUGCCAUUCCAAAGAAAAGUAAAAGCACAAGUGAAACUGAAAUAGUAACAAUCAGAAAAAAAUGAAAAAUGCCUGUAUGAGCUCUACUACACAUUUCUAGCUAGAAUGUUAAAAUCUGUCCAGAUUUUGCUGUUUACCCACUUGUCAGAGGGAUGAAAGGGUGCAAAGAGCACAUUCCUCUAGUUUUCAAACUUUCAGAUCUUUUGGUGAAGGUAUUUUGCCACUCUCUAGAAAUGGGACUCUUUUUCUAUGGACUAAACAGAAGUCACAGCAUUGUGUAAGAAAAUCUUUGCUGCUUUGUGGGGAUAAACUGUUGCACUUCUAUUUAUUAAAUGGUGGUAUAUUUGUAACAGAACAAAGGGUCCACUUGGAGAACCCUGACAUAGAGGAUAUCUAAGAUGGGGCAGUAUGAACAUGGACAGGGGCCAGUGCAUUUAUUCCUAAGCAAAGUUGCCAAGCCAGUACAUAUACAGAUUUGUACUUUGGUCUUCAGCAAGUCAUAGAUCACUUCAAAGGCAAAGUUUUGGGGCAACACUUGAGUGUGCUCUCUCAAACAGCGUAAGGCCCAUGACCUGCUACUUGCCCACUGCUGCACCAUCUCCAGGAUGUCGUCAGCAACACCCAGGAAGGUGAGGGCGAGGAAAUAAAAAGCCUAAAGUUAAAACUAAUGCCUGGGAAAUGUAUUAGUGCUGUCAGCACAUUGAUAGUUCGAAUGUUUCAUUACUUAUGCAAAAUUGCACAUAUUCCUUUAUGCUUUUCAUUUAUCAUGAAAACUGUCAUGCAAAUGGAAAAUGUCUUCUUUGUAAAUAAGUAUUCAUAAUUUUGUUACUGGUGUUUUUACCUAGAAUUUGAAAAACUUUCACUAUGUAUAUAUGUGUAUAUACUCCCAGUAAUCAAAGGGAAAAUAAGAUGCUAAACAAGGCCAAAUAGACUGGCCUUAAAUACCACAAAAUAGAUACUUCUUACUGUACCAGUGCCUCACUGUUUAGUCCAGAGUAAAUUACUUGUGUUACACAACA